ACAGAACACCCUAGAACAAUAGACAGUAUUCAAUGGAACAUCGUUUUGGACCGAAAUUUAAUUUAAAUUUGUUUGUUUUUUGUUUCAUAUAAUUUGAUAAUUCGAUUACUGUUUUAUUUGUGUUUUUGAAAUGUCGGUCAGUGGACAGAGAAAUGUUAUCACACUAAGCAGUUCUGCAGCGUUGUUAGUUGAAUACAUGGAAUACGCAAUCAACAUGGUCCUGUACCAGCGUGAUGUUUGCCCAAGAGGCCAGUUCGUUACUGUUUCACACUACGGAAUGCCUUUGUUCGUGUCUAGAGAUUACACGACCCUGAACAGACUACAGAAUGUCCUGGAUUACAUCCAACAAGUGCUCCCACUGCUUAUUCCGAACAUCAAAGUUUACCUAACCUUAAAGGACAGGGCGACCGGGCGCGCCAUCGAACGCUGGCAGUUCCUAGUUCAAAACGAAGACUUGGUAGGGCCAGACUGGAAGGAGCACAAACCGGUUACAACGUCCCGGAAGAACCCGGCUCGAAUCCAGGAAGAAAUUCGGCAAACGAUGAAGCAAAUUACGGCGUCCAUAAGCUGCCUUCCGGUUCCACCGCCGAACGGGAUUGAGUGGACAAUGGCAGUCGAUGUUCCGGAGUGGGUGCCCAUCCCACCCGGUUGGUAUCGGCAGCCACUGGAUCCGAUCGACAAUCCGCAGCAGUUGGGACUGCGACCGUUUUCGACCGGGCUGCACCAGAUGCAAACGGUCGUUACGUAUCGAGAAGAGGCGGCGCGUGAGAUGUGAAUGUUCUGUUUGUGGAACUAGAUUUUACCUAAUAACUUAUUGCGAAUUUGUCCUUGUGAUGGUUUUUUUUAUUUGUAAGUAUAUAUAAUCCAAAAAAGAAUGUACAAU